CGCAGCUAAUUGGACCCUCAACAUCGUGAUCCCUAAACGCCCAAACUGUGGAUACUGUGCGUGAAAAAGGACACGGGGCCAAAGGACAUUUAGCAAGUGUCUGUCGGGGGGUAAACAUGAUCGAUCGAAUUUAGUCAAAAUAUUUAAAACAUUUCGCGUCGGAAAGUGUGAGAAAAGAGAAGAGAAAAGAUGGCUGGCACCGAAUCGGAUGCGGAAAAGGCCGCAGGCUCCCGCCUGGACUACGACCUGAUGAUGGCCGAGGAAUAUAUUCUCAGUGAUGUGGAGAAGAAUUUUAUUCUGUCCUGUGAGCGUGGUGACCUGCCGGGCGUUAAAAAAAUUCUUGAGGAAUUUGAGGGCACCGAUAAGUUCAACAUAAACUGCACGGAUCCCAUGAAUCGCUCCGCUCUCAUUUCGGCCAUCGAGAACGAGAAUUUCGACCUGAUGGUAAUACUCCUGGAGCACAACAUCCAAGUGGGCGACGCGCUGCUGCACGCCAUAUCCGAGGAGUAUGUGGAGGCCGUGGAGGAGCUGCUGCAGUGGGAGGAAACCAAUCACAAGGAGGGCCAGCCCUAUAGCUGGGAGGCAGUGGACCGUUCAAAGUCAACGUUCACCAUGGACAUAACCCCUCUGAUUCUGGCUGCACACCGCAAUAAUUAUGAGAUACUCAAAAUACUGCUGGAUCGCGGUGCCACACUGCCAAUGCCCCACGACGUCAAGUGCGGCUGCGAUGAGUGUGUCACGUCUCAGACCUCGGACUCCCUGCGCCACUCGCAGUCGAGGAUCAACGCGUAUCGCGCGCUGUCGGCCAGCUCCCUGAUCGCCCUGAGCUCGCGAGACCCUGUAUUGACCGCCUUCCAGCUGUCCUGGGAGCUGAAGCGACUGCAGGCCAUGGAAUCGGAAUUUCGUGCCGAAUAUACGGAAAUGCGUCAGGCGGUGCAGAACUUUGUCACGUCCCUGCUGGACCACGCUCGCACAUCCAUGGAGCUGGAGGUGAUGCUCAACUUUAAUCACGAGCCCUCGCACGACAUUUGGUGCAUUGGCCAGCGGCAGACACUGGACAGAUUGAAGCUGGCCAUCCGAUACAAGCAGAAGACGUUUGUGGCCCAUCCGAAUGUGCAGCAAUUGCUGGCUGCCAUUUGGUACGAUGGCCUGCCUGGCUUUCGGCGCAAACAGGCCUCGCAGCAGCUCCUGGAUGUCAUCAAGCUGGGCGGCAGUUUCCCCAUCUACAGCAUGAAGUAUAUCCUCGCGCCGGACUCGGAGGGUGCCAAGUUUAUGCGCAAACCCUUCGUCAAGUUCAUCACACACUCCUGCUCGUACAUGUUCUUUCUGAUGCUGCUGGGCGCUGCCUCGCUGCGCGUGGUGCAAAUCACCUUCGAGCUGUUGGCCUUUCCGUGGAUGAUCACCAUGCUGGAUGAUUGGCGCAAGCACGAACGUGGCUCACUGCCGGGACCCAUUGAGCUGGCCAUCAUAACCUACAUCAUGGCACUGGUAUUCGAGGAACUCAAGUCGCUCUACUCGGACGGGCUGUUCGAGUACAUCAUGGAUCUGUGGAACAUUGUCGAUUUCAUAUCGAACAUGUUCUACGUCACGUGGAUUCUGUGCAGAGCCACAGCCUGGAUUAUAGUUCAUCGAGAUCUUUGGUUCCGCGGCAUCGAUCCGUACUUUCCCCGCGAGCACUGGCACCCCUUCGAUCCGAUGCUGCUCUCGGAGGGCGCCUUCGCCGCUGGCAUGGUCUUCUCGUACCUCAAGCUUGUGCACAUCUUCUCCAUAAAUCCGCACUUGGGACCGCUGCAAGUCUCGCUGGGACGCAUGAUCAUUGACAUCAUCAAGUUCUUCUUUAUCUACACUUUGGUGCUCUUUGCCUUUGGCUGUGGCUUGAAUCAACUCUUGUGGUACUACGCGGAGAUGGAGAAGAACAAGUGCUAUCAUCUGCAUCCCGAUGUGGCGGACUUUGAUGAUCAGGAAAAGGCCUGCACCAUUUGGCGACGUUUCUCCAACUUGUUUGAGACUUCCCAAUCCCUGUUUUGGGCAUCCUUUGGUCUGGUGGAUCUUGUCUCCUUCGAUUUGGCUGGCAUCAAGAGCUUCACACGCUUCUGGGCGCUGCUCAUGUUCGGCUCGUACUCCGUCAUCAACAUUAUUGUGCUGCUCAACAUGCUGAUUGCCAUGAUGUCCAACUCGUAUCAAAUCAUUUCGGAGCGCGCCGACACCGAGUGGAAAUUCGCACGCUCGCAGCUGUGGAUGAGCUACUUCGAGGAUGGCGGCACCAUCCCUCCACCUUUCAAUCUCUGCCCCAACAUGAAAAUGUUGCGCAAAACCCUCGGACGCAAGCGGCCAUCAAGAACCAAGAGCUUUAUGCGCAAAUCCAUGGAGCGGGCACAGGUUCUGCAUGACAAAGUGAUGAAGCUGCUGGUGAGGCGUUUUGUCACCGCCGAGCAGCGAAAACGGGACGACUACGGCAUCACCGAGGAUGAUAUCAUUGAGGUGCGCCAGGAUAUUAGCUCGCUGCGCUUCGAGCUGCUGGAGAUUUUCACGAAUAAUAGCUGGGAUGUGCCCGACAUUGAGAAGAAGACAGCGGGCGUUGCUCGCACCACCAAGGGCAAGGUAAUGGAACGACGCAUACUCAAGGACUUCCAGAUUGGCUUUGUGGAGAAUUUGAAACAGGAAAUGAAUGAGAGUGAGGGCGGACUCGAUAUCUUUGCAUCGUUGGCCAAGGUCAUAGGCAGAAAGAAGACGCAAAAGGGCGAAAAGGACUGGAAUGCCAUUGCCCGCAAGAAUACCUUUACUGCGGAUCCCAUUGGCUCGAAGCGCUCCUCCAUGCAGCGGCACAGUCAGCGCAGUCUGCGGCGAAAGAUCAUCGAGCAGGCCAAUGAGGGUCUGGCCAUGGAUCAACAUCAAUUGAUUGAAUUCAAUCCCAACUUGGGCGAAGUGACGCGUGCCACGCGCGUCGCUUAUGUCAAGUUUAUGCGUAAGAAGAUGGCCGCCGAUGAAGUGUCGCUGGCCGAUGAUGAGGAAACACCGAAAACCGACGAGCAAAGGAAACUGGAGGGCACUAUGUCCAAAAAGGCCGGUGCUGGUGGCUUGGCUUCAGCUGCUUUGGCCCGAGCUUCCGUGAAGAAUGUUGACGAGAAGCCCGCUGAUGGCACCGACAACAAGAGCGCCAUGAAAAAGCCAGCGGAUGACAAGAAAUCCGCCACAGGUGACGACAAGGACAAGAAGUCAGACUCGAAGCCAGGAGCAGCUGGAGCAAAGGCUUCUGCCGAUCAGAAGCCCGUCCCGGCAGCAGGAGCACCCAAGCCCCAGGGCAGUGUCAAGCCCGGCGACCAGCAGAAGCCAAAUGCCCCCGCACCACCAUCCAAACCGGCGGAUACAAAGCCAGCGGCACCGAAGCCAGGAGAUCCGGCCAAGCCCGAAGCAGCUGUCAAAAAGGAGGAAGCGGCCAAGACCGAGGCGGCAAAGCCCGCGGCAGCAGGAGGAGCUGCCAAAAGUGCGGCACCUGCGGCACCAGCGGAUGCCAAACCUGAUCCGAAUGCAAAGACACCUGCAGCGGGUGCCCCAGGAGCCACCAAGGCGGCCAAUGAAACCCCAAGUGCACCCACCCAGGCAGGCGCGGGUCAGGAGCCGAAGGCAGCCUCCGACGGCAAGACGCCAGCACCCACGAAAACUGACGAAGCGAAGCCAGGGGAUGGCAAGUCCGAAGCCAAACCUGGGGACGAUAAGGACAAGAAACCAAGCGAUGAUAAGGAUAAGAAGACAGCGGAUGACAAGGACAAGAAGGCAGCAGCAGCAGCACCACUCAAACCGGCCAUCAAGGUGGGUCAGAGCAGCGCGGCAGCUGGCGGCGAGCGGGGCAAGUCCACGGUCACGGGUCGCAUGAUUUCCGGCUGGCUGUAGGUCCUGCCACAGAGAUCUCUCCUGAAAUAAUAUUAGAUGAUAGUAACCCAAAUGUAUUAGCAGUCCAAUGUGAGCAAUAAAGUAACUUCCAAAUGCA